UCAGUCCUACCUCAUUUGAUUCCUCCUUUAGCGUUCCUCUAGGCGGCCUAGCGUACGGAGAAAAGAGAGAGCAAAAAUCAAAAUCGAAGCUACAAAACUAUUCAAUCUCAGUUUUUUGCUCUCUCGAUAACGUUUCUCUCAAAUUAAGUAAAUAGAAAUGGCCGAUGCUGAGGAUAUUCAACCCCUUGUCUGCGAUAAUGGAACUGGAAUGGUGAAGGCUGGAUUUGCAGGUGAUGAUGCUCCCAGGGCAGUUUUCCCAAGUAUUGUGGGCCGACCACGACACACUGGUGUUAUGGUUGGGAUGGGACAGAAGGAUGCAUACGUGGGUGAUGAAGCUCAGUCUAAAAGAGGUAUCUUGACCUUGAAAUACCCUAUUGAGCAUGGUAUAGUCAGCAACUGGGAUGACAUGGAGAAGAUUUGGCAUCACACUUUCUACAAUGAACUUCGUGUUGCUCCUGAGGAGCAUCCUGUGCUUCUCACUGAGGCACCUCUCAACCCCAAGGCUAACAGAGAGAAGAUGACCCAGAUCAUGUUUGAGACCUUCAAUGUUCCAGCAAUGUAUGUUGCUAUCCAAGCCGUUCUUUCCCUCUAUGCAAGUGGUCGUACAACUGGUAUUGUUCUGGAUUCUGGUGAUGGUGUGAGUCAUACUGUCCCCAUUUAUGAAGGGUAUGCUCUGCCCCAUGCCAUCCUUCGUCUGGACCUUGCUGGUCGUGACCUCACAGACUAUCUCAUGAAGAUCCUCACUGAAAGAGGUUACAUGUUCACCACAUCAGCUGAGCGAGAAAUUGUCCGUGACAUGAAGGAGAAGCUUGCUUAUGUGGCACUUGACUAUGAACAGGAGCUUGAGACCGCCAAGAGCAGCUCAUCUGUUGAGAAGAACUAUGAAUUGCCCGAUGGACAGGUUAUUACAAUUGGAGCUGAGAGAUUCCGUUGCCCGGAAGUCCUCUACCAGCCUUCUUUGAUUGGAAUGGAAGCUGCUGGAAUUCACGAGACAACCUAUAACUCAAUCAUGAAGUGUGACGUUGAUAUUAGGAAGGAUCUCUAUGGUAACAUUGUCCUCAGUGGUGGUUCCACCAUGUUCCCUGGCAUUGCUGACCGUAUGAGCAAAGAAAUCACUGCCUUGGCUCCCAGCAGCAUGAAGAUCAAAGUUGUCGCACCACCCGAGAGAAAGUACAGUGUCUGGAUCGGAGGGUCAAUUCUCGCAUCUCUCAGCACAUUCCAGCAGAUGUGGAUUUCUAAGGGCGAAUAUGAUGAAUCUGGUCCAUCUAUUGUCCACAGGAAGUGCUUCUAAGUUGCUGCUAUUAUUGCUUAUGGUGAGUUGACUUUUUACUCAUUUAGUUGGUUUUUUUGCGUUAUCUUUCAAACGAAGACAGUUUGGUUGACAUGGAGGAGUUUUGAAGGUGGGGUUAUGACGAAUGGGAUAUUCCGAUCAUGGUGUUUUAUCAUAUUUCACAUUCGGUUUUAUUUAAGAGGUCAUUUGUAGUUUCAGAGUGGUUAUGUUUCUCUCUUUUUACCAUUUCAUUUCGUAUCUCCUUCCAGCAAACAUUUAUGUUCAUAUUGUUGUACGGGAAAUUUCCAUAUUAGUGUCAGUUUGUGGAACUUAUAUUAUUUAUUUCUGGUUUGAGAAAUUUCGAAUUUCUUCAUCUGGAUGCAAUAUUUAGUUCUAUUCAA